GGCCAUUCAACACGCGCUGACUGCGACUAUUAAUAACUUGACGCUUCCACCACACCACACCAUACCAUACCAUACCCUCUUUUCUCUCUCUGCGUCUCCGAUCGAGACUCGAAUCAAUUCCUAUAUCUCCUCCACCGUCAUCGCUUCCGCUGAAAUCAAUCUCCAACCAACCACCAUGGCCAAUGCAGCAUCAGGCAUGGCAGUCCAUGAUGACUGCAAGCUAAGGUUUAUGGAGCUCAAGACAAAAAGGACAUAUAGGUUCAUAGUUUAUAAGAUUGAGGAUAAGCAAGUCAUUGUGGAGAAGCUUGGUGAGCCAGGACAAGGCUAUGAAGAUUUCACUGCUAACCUUCCUGCUGAUGAGUGCCGCUAUGCUGUUUAUGAUUUUGAGUAUCUGACUGAAGGAAAUGUCCCCAAAAGCAGGAUUUUUUUCAUUGCAUGGUCGCCUGAUACAUCAAGGGUGAGGAGCAAGAUGAUUUAUGCAAGCUCCAAAGACAGAUUCAAGAGGGAGUUGGAUGGAAUUCAAAUUGAGUUGCAAGCAACUGAUCCUACUGAGAUGGGUCUUGAUGUCUUUAAAAGCCGUGCCAACUAAAUUGUUAUAAAUAGUAGGCUUUCUGGUGGGGAGCUCCCCUUGAGCCUUAGUUCUCUCAUAUGGAAAUAUCCAUAGUUUGUGGGAUAUGGUCAACUUGGCUAGUUAUGUCUUAAAACUCUCAAUUUUCCAAGUUGUGGCAUAAAGUUUACUGCACAUUUGACAAGCUUAGCUUGAUCCAGCUUAUUUUAUUAUGACUUGUGAUUUAUACAAUCCUUGUGUUUGAGUGGCAUUUUUGGCCUCCUAUCCUUGUUGAAUUUGGAAUCGUUUUUGUGAGCA